AUGCUGGCGAGCGACACCACACCAGCCUCCACAGUGAGCCAGGACGCCAGCCCGGAGCUGGUACCCGUGACCGACGGCCGCCCGCACACCGAGCGGACAGCCGUCCUCAGCAACUGCCUCCCUGCCGCGAGGGGAGCUACCUACCAGAUCUGCCACCGCCACCGCCAGUUGGUCAGCAACCUCAACGUCCAGACAGCUCUGGUGGAGGCGUCUGGACCGCGGGGUACCUGCCAGCUUCGCGUUCUUCUCGACGGCGGCUCGGACUCGUCGUACGUGAGGACAUCUGCAGCGGAGCUACUCGGUCUGCCCACGGUGGGGAGAGGUGUGUUCGCCUGCCUGGGCUUCCAAGAGCGGCUCGAGGAGCCGAGGAUGUAUGAGAAGGUGAGGCUGUCUCUGCGGAGCCGUCACGGUGGGGAGCCUCACGUCUUCGAUCUCUGGAAGACUGAUCGUCUCUGUUCCCAACUGACCCCCGCCCGACCGCCUACUGCCGUAUUUACACCGCAUCUUCUGCUUGCUGAUGAUUUUGAGGGUGGGCCAGUGGACGUGUUGAUCGGCGCCGACCUGAUGUACAGAGUUGUGUUGUGGGAGCAGGUGAAGCUGACUGACCAUCUCAGGGCCCUGGAAACUGUGUUCGGCUACGUACUGCACGGCCGAGAUGGGUCGCCGGUGGACUGCGAGCCGGUGGACUGCGCGUCGGUGAAGUACGCGCUCCGUUGCUGCCGGCUUCCGUCGCCAGACUUCAAGCCGGAGCAGCUCUGGAGUCUGGAGGCGCUCGGCAUCUCCGGGGACGAGGACGAGAGAUCACCGAUGAAGCCGAAGUGGAGUGACGCCGAACAGAGGUACGAAAUGAACCUUCUGUGGAAGUCUGAUGAUCGCCCCCUCUCUAACCUCAGCUUAACAGCAGCCCGGAUCGGACGCAUGGAGGGACGGCUCACAGUCCCCGAGCGGGAAGCGUACCAGAGACACCUGGAAGAUCUGUAUAGAGCCGGCGUGAUCGAGACGCCGCCCAACGAUGACCUACAAGGGUUCUACCUGCCGCACCGCGGCAUCUGGCGCGGUGGAAAGCUGCGGGUGGUCUUCGACGGCUCUGCCCGGGACGCCACUGGCCACAGCCUGAAUGACUACCUGGAGCCGGGAAGCAAUCUGCUCAGACGUCUGCCUGCCGUGCUGCUCAACUUCAGACGAGACGCCGUGGGAGCUCAGACAGACAUACGUGCUGCCUUUCACCAGGUUUCGGUGUCCGAGGAAGACCGAAAGUACCUACAAUUUCUGUGGGACGGACAGCGUCUUCGUUUCCGCAGAGUUCCGUUCGGUAUAACAUGUUCCCCAUUCAUGCUGCUGCAAACUAUCUCUGUUCACCUGGACCUGUACUGUGGGGAGGAGCCGGGUCUGUGUGAGAAGUUGCAAUGUGGCCUGUACAUGGAUGAUGUGUGCACCUCCUUCUGCAGCAGAGCCGAAGCUGAGUCGAGCAUGUCGCGGGCGGAGGAGAUCUUCCGCGACGCAGGCAUGGAGUUGCACAAGCGGCGCAUCUCCGGUGACGCUGACAGCGAGGCCAACGUUCUGGGUCUUCUGUGGAACCCCGCCACGGACCUGCUCGCAGUGAGUGUGCCUGGCUUCCAUGUGGCCAAGACCAGGAGAGAGAUGCUGUCCCUGCUGAGUAAGCCGUUUGACCCGCUCGGUGUACUCUCUCCGUGGCUUGUUGUCGGCAGGUCUCUGUUCCAGAGAACGUGGGGAGUCGGAUGCACGGUCAGCUGGGAUGAGGAGCUGCCCCCACAGCUACAGGAGGAGCUAGCAGAAUGGCUCACAGACGCACCAGAUCGAACUGUAUGGUUCCCCCGCGCGCUGCUGACGAAUGACUGUGACGUCACCUACCAUGUCUUUUGUGAUGCCUCAAAGAAAGCGUAUUGCUGUGUCAUCUACGCUGUGCAGGGUGGGGAGUCCAGGCUGCUCAUGUCCAAAUCUCGUCUCGCGCCCCUGACUCCCGCCCUCAGCGUGCCCAGACUUGAACUGAUGGGUGCCCUCAUCGGCGCCAGGCUGAUGGACUUUGUCAGACAGGCGUUGAGUCUGGAGAGCCCACAAGUCGUCUAUUGGACCGACUCCAUGGACGUCAUCUUCUGGCUGAAGAGCAAGAAGAAGCUGAAGCUGUUCGUGCAGAACAGAGUGACCACCAUCCUCCAGUUGACUCAAGCGGAGCAAUGGCACCACGUAAGAGGACAAGACAACCCAGCCGACCUGGGGACGAGAGGCAUGUCCAUGACCGCUCUGGAGAAGUGUGAUCUGUGGUGGCGAGGACCGACAUUCCUCCGACAGGGACCUGAUACCAGGAUCUGCUGUGGACCGACAGACGAGGCCGACAGUCUGCAGCCGUCUCAGGAGGCCACCAGGGAAGUGAAGCUGCAGAAGCCCCCGUUGAAGCUGACCCUGCUGACGACGCGAAGUGACACAAGUGAGACCCUACCGUUUGACAUUACGUCAUGUUCUACCCUCACACAGGCUGUGCUGAGGCUCGCGUGGGUGUUCCGUUUCGUCACCAACAGCCGCCUACCGAGGGAGGAGCGCCGGACGGGUCCGCUGACGCCCGAGGAGAAGAGACUGAGCCUCCGCUUCUGGAUCAGAGAGGCACAGGCCCGUGCCUACAGAGAGGAGACCAACGCCGCCACCGCUGACGUGAUCCUGGCGCUGAGACGGUUCUGCGCCAUCCGAGGGACGCCAGCUCUGGUGUACAGCGACAACGCUCGGACGUUCCGGGCCUUGCUUGGCCACCUACCCCGGGCCUGGCGUCACCAAAAGCGGGUCUGCGACCAUCUGAUCCGGCGGUGGUGUGAUGAGUACCGCAACGCUCUCCGCUGCUGGAGCGUCUCGCCCCGUGGACGACCUAGCCGUACACCGCGCGUGGGAGACGUGGUGCUAGUCCACAGUGAGAGGCCGCGCGGCCGGUGGCCUGUGGCGCGAGUGACGCGGCUGCUGGCGGGGCCGGACGGCCACGUGAGGGCCGCCGUCAUCAGCCUGCGCGGGCGGAGCACUCGCCGCCCUGUCAGCCGCCUGUUCCUGCUGGAGGCGGCGGACUGAGUCGUACCGGUGCAGUGAUCGGGACGAGUUACGUCGCCGCGAACUAUCGCAGAGUGCUGUGCCUUUUGUCGUAUUCAUCGUUCUGUUUGUUUUUCGAAAUCGGUCGUGCGCUCGAUUUCGAGUGGGGAGUGUGUUGUGAUUAGUAGCCUCUUACCUUUUUUACCUUCACCCGUGACCCGUGUUGAUGUACCCUACCUUUCCUCACCCAGUAAAACUUUCCUCUAUUUGCCCGCCCCAGUCCUGAAUCCAUCACUUUUUGUUAGUGAUGUAAUGCUUCCAUUUUUCACCGAGCCGAUUUCGUUUUGUUUUUAUCCUUUCUAGUCAGUCUGGAUCCAUCUGUCGCCGUGUUACCGCUGCCUGUAAAGUAAUAAACCGGCAGAGAAGU